CUCUCUCUCUCUCUCUCUCUCUCUCUCUCUCUCUCUCUACACCCUUAACAGGAGCAACAUUGGCUAUCUCCCGACAUGGAAGCUGAAGCUGAGAUCCAUGAAGAAGCCAAAGAGAUGGGUUCACAGACGCCUAAGCAAACAGGGAAGGCAAGAGUAACAAGACCUCCGCACAAUUACGUGGCCAUCGUGAAAGCUUCUGUCGUGCCCAUUCAAACUUUCCCUCUCGACAAGCUCUGCGAUCAGCUCUACGACGGAGUGUUUCUGCAGCAAGAGGGGAAGAGAUUGCGGAAGUACUGGGUCGACAGGCAUCUGAACAAGAAUUGCUUCAUGGUGCUUGCGAGGGAGCUUGCAAUUACAUGGGGCGACACCCGCCAGUACUGGCAAUGGAAGAUCGUCAAAGAGUCCGGUAAUGUGGAUGUUGAGGAAGCUGAGCUGAGAAACGUGUGCUGGCUGGAAAUCACUGGGAAGUUCCGAACGGUCGUGCUCUCACCGAACACCUUGUAUGAAGUCUCGUUGGUGGCAUCAAUGGCUGAGUCAAGUUGGGGUUGGAGCGUUCCUGUGAAGCUCCACAUUACUUUACCGGAUGAGUCGAAAGUGGGGCGCAUGGAGAGUUUGCAGCAAACGCCCCGAGGAAAGCCGGUGAACAUUUUGAUGGGCGAAUUCAUGACGUCGUCCAAAAACAUCGGAGAACUCACAUUCUCUAUAUCCGAAACCAGUUCUAAUUGGAAAAAUGGGCUAGUCGUCAAGGGUGUUGCUUUUCAACCCAAAAACUAAAGUUGAUAGGUGAGGCUUUUGCUAUUAGUUUCUUAUGUUUAAAAAGAAGAAAAGAAAAAAUAAAACCGCCUUGAUUAAUGUAUCGCUGUCACUUGUCUCGACUGCAUAUGUUUGUGGG